CAUCAUCAAAAAGCAAAACAACGCACCAGGUUGCACCAACGGCCAGUGUCCGCCAAAAACCGCCGAGAGCGGACGUGAUUUAAAAUCACACGAAUUGUCUGGAACAUUAGUGGAUACCUAAUAAUUCAGAAACAAAAUGUCCCGCAGUCUAACAAAGCGUCACCUGACCCCAGCAGACGAGUACCAAUGUACUCUCUCGGAGGAGACGCAGGCGAUUGCUGAAGAGGAGCUCCGAGAAACUGAGAAUUCACGGUCUCAAGCCCUUGAAGCUCUCAGGAACUGGAUCGAGCAACAUCCUAAAUUCAUGGCUGUACGAAUGGAUUCAAACUUCCUGCUACGGUUCCUUCGCACGAAGAAGUUCAGCGUACCAAUGGUCCAAGAGGCCAUUGAACGCUAUAUACUCCUGAGGCAAUCCUGGGGCAUUGCGUUUAACCAGCUGGACUACAAGUUACCAGUUAUCAUGGAAAUUAUUAAUCUUGGGUACAUCUUUGUGAGCCCCUUCAAAGACAAACGUGGUCGGCGUGUUGUCAUCUAUCGUCCUGGUGUAUUCGACCCCUACAAAUACACAAAUCAAGACAUGUGCAGAGUCAUGGCUACAUGCUAUGAGACGCUCAUGGAGGACGAGGAGUGCCAAGUGCGAGGCAUUGUCCACUAUGCAGAUGGAGCAGGAGUCAGCUUCCCUCACCUAACACUUUUCACACCAAAAGAAGCUGUACGGAUUGUGAAGAACGGCGAGAAAACAAUACCAUUACGACACAAAGAAAUAUACGGAGUCAAUGUGCAUCCUACAAUUAAAUUUGCCCUGGAUUUCGGAAUGGCUCUUAUCUCGGAAAAAAUAAGGAAGCGUGUAAAAUUAUACACCGCUGUUGAAGAUGUUGAAAUCGAUAAGCAGUUAUUACCUUUGGAAUAUGGCGGCACCAUGCCCAUGAAAGAAAUGAUUGAACUAUGGAAAGAAGAACUCGCCAGCAAGCGAGAUAUUCUCCUGCUAAACGACAAGAUGGCGGUGCGCUUGGAAAUGUACAGUGAAGCGGCGCGAGAGGGUGCUAUUUCUGCGUUACGGGCAGGCGCAAAUACGUGCGCAGGCGCAGACGCUGUCGGCGACGCUAUGAGAGGGCUCACGGGAAACUUUAGAAAGCUCGAGGUCGAUUAGAUAUAAAAAUAGACUUAUUAACCUUUAAGUUCAGUACAUUUCAGAUAAGCUUAAUGGAACUCAUUUUGUUAACGGCACUACAAUAAGGCGUAUUAUUUGAAUAUGAAACGUGUUGCCUAAAAUAUUACAUGUACUUAGAAAAUAAAUGUAUUUGUUAAGGAAAUAGAAAUAAGGAUUCUUAAAUAGCUAAAAAUAAAAGCCUUAAAGUAU